AUGAACGUCGUUGGCGAGCUUGUAGACGGCGACAAAGUGGUGGAAACCCCUGUUUCUAAACAGGAAAAACUAAUUCAGGGAGACGAAAACCCCUCAAAAGUAGACGGUUUAGAGCAGAACUCGCCUGAUGCAAGACCUAGUCAUGUCUCGUUUCUACUGGAUGGAGACAAAGUUACCAAUGCACGUUCAGCAUCUUCGGAUGCUCCUCCUCUUAACUCCUCCACUGAGGAGACCAACAGCGGAAUUACGUCACAGGAACAAUUGACACAUAAUCAAGUGGUUUCUGCACCAUGCCAGGGCUCCCUUCAAAAUGUAGAAGAAAUUGGCACCACUGAACUAGCUGCUCUGGCCCACGAGGAUCAGGCUGAUACUGCAAGCGCCGACACAGAAACAAUGGUGGAGCUGCAACAGUCUAGAAGCCUUCCAGAGGCAAUCACGCUUUUAUCUAAAACCACUGAAGAGCUUGAAUCAAGGGUUAAUGCUCUCCUGGCUCAGCACGAAGAGGAAUUCUUCGCUGCAUUUCGCUCCCACAUGGCAAAGGUACAAAAGCAUGUGGAAAACCUUCAAGCAUGUGCUGACGAACAGAAAAAUCUACUGGAACGAGAUAUGAGGAUUAAGACACUUCAGAGGGAACUGCAAUGGUUUGUAAACGAAGCGGUCAGACUCGACCAGGGAUGGACUGAGGUGGAAGGCUCUGCCGUCCCUUCUCCAAAAGCUACUGACCCGCCGGCAGUAGUGCAGAAGGCAGCCCCCACCGUCCCCAGUAUCUCUUCAUGCCAGCUGGAUUUGAAAUCGAUGGCGCAUACUUCGUCUGACAAUCCAGAUGUGCUGAGGGGGAUUAUUGAGGGCCUGAAGAAACAGGUUUCCUGUCUGGCUGCUGCAAACCGCCGGCUUCAGAAUGAAGCGAAACAAAACUCGCGAAACAAGUCGAGCCUCGUAGAGGCCUCAAAGGCCCUUUCACGACGGCGGGACUUGGAAUCCUUUUUCUUGGAGUGCAUUAAUGAUGUCAGGAAGGAAAGAAAACUGAGGGGGGCUCCAAGCUCACUGGGAGAAUUUGAGGGGCUUUCUCUUGAAGAGUUUUUGGCGUUUGACCGGCGGAAAGUUUUGAACGCCUUGCUGUCGAAUGAUCAAGUUCUGGAGAAGCAUCCUGCAGCAACUGACAAAGAUGAGAUGGGCACCAUAAUCUAA